AUGGAUUAUCAACAAAUUCCUCCAGUUGUAUCACCGCCCAGGCGAUCUGCUUCAACUAGACAUCAUGGACAGAGGAGGAUACCGAGGAAACCAGUUCCACAGCGGCGGCCGAAUUCGUCGAGAAGCUUCACACAGGCUUUCGCAUGGCUUAGUGGUGCUCUUAUGACCCAUGACAGCACGCCGACAGUUCAAGAGGAAGAACCUAAACAUCUAAGGGGUCUAAACAGGCAUUCAUAUCGCUAUACUUCACAAUUUGACCCUCGCAUGCAAUCUGGGUUCACGCUGUAUGACCCUGAUCUGCAACCAACGCAACUUCCAAAACCAGACCACUCGACCAGAUCCAGCGUUGUUGACGCCCUGAAUCUCGACUGGCAAUUACCACCACUAUCCCGAACCUUUUCAGAUAUCGAUGUCUCAUCAGUUCUCAAUGUCGCAAUAGAAGCACAGGCGAAUCUAUCGCCUCAACCUGGUGAUGCGCCCCCUCCCAAUGGUGGCCUUAUCGCGUGGCUGCAGGUCCUCGGUGCAUUCUUCUGCUAUUUCAACAGCUGGGGUACAAUGAAUUCUUUUGGUGCUUUCCAGACCUAUUACGAAACUGGAGCUGGUUGGAAUAGAACACCAUCUGAAAUAUCUUGGAUCGGGUCAACUCAAGCAUUUCUCUCAUUGAUGGUCGGUGUCUUCACUGGACCACUGUACGAUGCAGGUUACUUCCGUCCCAUUAUCUGUACUGGUGGAUUCCUUGUUCCAUUUGGAUAUAUGAUGACCAGCAUUGCGACUCAAUACUGGCAAGUCCUUCUGGCACAAGGUUUCGUCAUUGGUAUCGGCAAUGGCUGUUUGUUCGUCCCCGCCGUCGCCAUUCUUCCACAAUAUUUCAGUACGAAAAAUCCCCUGGUUAACGGUAUUGCAGCCAGUGGCUCAAGUCUAGGUGGACUUGUCAUUCCUUUUGUUUUGACCCGGCUUGAAAGGCAAAUCGGCUUCGGCUGGGCGACGAGAACCAUUGGCUUCCUGGCUCUGAGCACAGCUGCCAUCAGUAUUGCUACUAUGAAACCCCGCCUAACUCCCAAGAGUAAGCGUAAGCUGCUUGAUCUGGCCGCGUUUAAGGAGCCGACCUACACCCUAUUCACCGUUGGACUUGCGACUGGGUUCAUUGGAUUCGCGGUUCCAACAUUUUACCUCGGUACAUUUGCAUCUUCGACGGGCAUUGCAUCUCCAGAGUUCUCCUUUUAUUACCUCCCGAUACUCAACGCCGCUUCCACAUUUGGCCGCAUUAUUCCCGCUAUUCUAGCGGCAAAAUACGGCCCGCUCAAUGUCUUAAUCCCGAUCUGCAUGCUCGCCGGAUCCCUAUCUCUGAUAUGGUGCGUCAUCAAGACCUCCGCAGGUACAAUUGUAUUCGCUAUUUUCUAUGGUUUCUGCUCCGGAGGAUUCGCGGCGAUGUCACCCAUUGCAUUGGUCACUAUGACACCUGAUCUCCGUACUCUUGGAACACGUAUGGGUCAAUUGUUCUUCUGUGCUGCAUUGGCAUUGUUGGCUGGGCCACCCUCGGCAGGUGCAAUAUUGACCUCGACACACUCUUGGAUUGGUCUGAAAUGUUUCGCUGGUGGCACUGUUGUACUUGGCUCGAUUAUCUUGAUGUUUGCGAGAGCUAGUAGGGUUGGCUGGAGUCUCAAGAAAAAGGCUUGA